AUGGCUCCUCUAUUGACAUGUGUUUUGCUUGUGAAAACCGGACUCCAAGGUUGGGAAAAGGUGUUGACUAAAAUAUUUCAAGGCAUUGAAGGUUUAACUAUGAACAUGGAGGAAGUACCAUACUGGAUGUUGCAAAAUUUACAAUGUGAAGUUGGUUUUUCGCUGACGUAUGUAGGAGGCGAAGUUGAUCCUUUGAUCUUCAUUAAGAAGUUGUAUAAAGCGAGAGAUUUCACUAUGCUCUACCGAAUGGAUUAUGGAUAUGAAGAGAAUCCAGACGAAACCCGUAAACCAAAUAAUCAAUUCAUGAGAUGUAUAUUCACACUAGACACAUUAGAAGAAGGCUGGGAUAAGAGGAUGAUAGGAGCUUUAAAACCCGUCCAAGGUGUAUCAUUUACCAUAGACCAAAUAGCACAAAUGGUAUAUUUAUGUGGGAACAUUGAAUUUGGAAUACUGAUGAAGACGGUAGGGAAGACGGGCAUUCAUCUAUUGGCAAUGGAGUAUGGAGUCGAGUGUAAAGAUCCAAACCUGAAGCCACCAGCCAAAACGCUUGAAGCUCCUCCUCCUCCUCCUCCUCCUGCAAGUGAAUCUAAGGCGGCACAGCCCACGAAAGACACUGUGCCACCUACUCGUCCUGAAGAUGUUACAUGUAUUUUGCUUGUGAAAACCGGACAAGGUUGGGAAAAGGUGUUGACUAAAAUAUUUCAAGGCAUUGAAGGUUUAACUAUCAGCAUAAAGCAAGCACCAUACUGGAUGUUGCGUAAUCUACAAUGUGAAGAUGACUUUUCGUUCACGUAUUUACGAGGCGAAGUUGAUCCAUUGAUCUUCAUUAAGAGGUUGUAUAAAGCGAGAGAUUUCACAAUGCUCUUCCGAUUGGUGUAUGGAUAUGAAGAGCCUCCAGAAGAAACAAAUAAUCAAUUCAUGAGAUAUUGUGAAUUCAUGCUAGACACACUAGAAGAAGGUUGGGAUAAGAGAAUGAUAGGAGUUUUAAAACCCCUCCAAGGUGUAUCAUUUAUCAUUGAUGCAGAAACACAAACGGUAUCUUUAAAAGGGAACAUUGAGUUUGGAGUACUGAUGAAGACGCUAGGGAAGACGGGCAUUCGUCCAUUGAAUAUGGACUAUGGAGUCGAUCCAAACCUGAAGCCACCAGCCAAAACGCUUGAAGCUCCUCCUCCUCCUCCUCCUCCUCCUGCAAGUGAAUAAGCAAUGGCGGAUCCAACUCCGGACGAGGCUCAUGAGAGAAGUUUAGCCACUGGUUUGCUUUGUGGUAUUCUCAAACAAACCUUGAUUAGCCGACCUGAUUUUAAGCUGGUUGUGAUGAGUGCAACACAAGACAAGCUCCACGAGCUGCACUAG